CGCUCUAGUCACGUGACCGCUGGACCUCUUCGACCAAAACAUCCAGGCUCCGACUGCUAGAUUGUCAACAACUGUGCAAGGGGGUCUGACCGCUAAGAACAACUUUCUCCGCGUCGACCGAGCAAACUCUGAAGCUUCUCUAAGUUAUCGCUAACCUGUCCAGCAGACAGGCCGUCUCAAUGCCUCACAGAGAACCGAAAACACCGAGGGGAUCAUGGAUGUGUACGAUUUGUUUAGCAGUUGCAGAAAGGGCGACAUUUGUAGAGUCAGAUACCUUGUUGAGCAAAGAGAUGUUGACCUCAAUGUAAGAGAUAAAUGGGAUAGCACCCCUUUGUAUUAUGCUUGUCUCUGUGGUCAUGAGGAGCUGGUCCGGUACCUGUUGGCUAGUGGUGCCAAGUGUGAAGCCAACACGUUUGAUGGCGAACGUUGUGUGUACGGCUCGUUGAAUGACUCUGUUCGGCGCCUGCUCAAAGAUUAUAAGUGUAUCAGUGUCCGCGCCAUGCAGCGGGAUGAUUUUAACUACUUUCUGCACAUGUUACUGGAGCAAGGUCAACACAGCGACGUCAAGUUCCUCGUUCAUGGGCAAACAUUUUCAGCCCACCGCUGCGUUCUCAGCGCACACUCAGAGUACUUCACUGAAAUGUUUGAGUCCAAGUGGAGAGGGAAGAACCUGAUCACCCUCAAACACCCUUUGAUCAACCCUGCAGCCUUUGGAGCCAUCCUGCAAUAUAUUUACACAGGACGUAUGGAUAUUGAUGUAAGCCUUGUAGAGGAGUGCAGACGACUUGCUAAACAGUGCAAAAUGGCAGAUCUCAUAGAGGAGCUGGAGAAUAAAUGCAAGCAGGUGUAUGAAUUUGUAUCCAACAAGCCAGGGAUCUGUGUGAAAGUUCUCAGCCUGGAGCCUCACAGCUGUCGACUCCAGGAAGAGAUGGCUCAGUUAGCAGACUGCGCACUGCCCACUGAACUAAGAGUUGGAUUUGGAGAACUUCCCUUUAACAGAGUAGACCAUUUACCCACUUAUCCUGAUGUCUGCUUCAGAGUCGAUGGUUACAAUUUCUUGUGUCAUAAGGUGUUCUUCUGUGGGCGCAGUGAUUACUUUAAAGCCUUACUGCAGGACCACUUCAGUGAGGGAGAGCAGCUACAGUCCCAGCCCAGCACCCCAGUGAUCACUCUGCACAACAUCUCCCAUGAAAUCUUCAUCCACGUCAUGUAUUACAUCUACAGUGAUGACACAGAGCUUACAAUGGAGAACGUGUUUGACGUCCUGUGCGUGGCUGACAUGUACCUGCUGCCGGGGCUGAAGCGUCUGUGUGGGAAGACGCUCGCUAAGGCUAUAUGUGAGGACAAUGUUCUGCACAUGUGGAAGACGGCCAAGCUUUUCCGUCUCUCUAGGCUGGAGGAUCACUGUGCGGAGUUCAUGGCCAAGAUCAUAGAGCGGCUGGUGGAGCAGGCCGAGUUUGCCGAGAUCAUCAAAGAAGAUGCCUCGUCACUGGAGGACAGACACGAGACUGACUCUGUCCCCCUGGUUGACGACAUCCGCUACCACAUCGCCAGCAACGUCCAGACUUACAGCGCCAUCGAGGAGGCCAAUCAGAAACUGGCUGCCUUGGAGGAGCUGCUGUCAAGCAUUAAUAUUGACUGUUGAGGGGUCGGCAGGUUGUGGAGUUUGGGGACGUAUCUGUAGUGAGAAGAAAAAGAAAAACAUAUGCUUCCGUAUGUUUGAAAGUUUAUUUUAUUUACAGUAUAUUGUACAGAAUAUAUAUUUUCAGAAGGCGCUGGUACUGAGUUUGCAGGGCAUAUUCAGAGACAUCUGUUAAUGUUUGCUGUUUGAAAGUGUCUUUGUCUGACACAGACUGAACCUCAAAACAAGAUCUUGAGUAUCAAGUAUCACGUGAAUAAGUUGUAAAGGUUCUGCAAGAUGGUGCAGAUGAUCAAGGAAUCUGUUGAUUAUACAUUUACAACAGAUUACGCUUGUAUUGCACGUGAAUUUAUUUUGUCAUAAUUUGUAGCUACUAGAAUGUAGACCAGCUGCUUAUUGAGCUCUUUUAAGUUGUAGUUUGGCCCCAGACUGUUAUAGCAUCAGCCCUCAUAUCCAACUCCAUGAAAUUUUAUUUUUAUGCUAAAUGAAAGCCAAAUGAGUCCUUGUUAUGUACUGACUCGCAAAAAAAAAGACAUUUAUUUUCAUUUCAUCCAGAAGAUAUUUUUAGCCGAUAACUCUUAAUUUAGGCCACAUAGAAUGCAAUUUUAUGAUAAAUUGCCUGCAGUUUUUAUUUUUGAUUUGAUUGGAUUUGGCGGCUGUAGUUCACCUUAACACCUUGUUAGACCUGUGACAUUCCUCCAGCAUGGUUACUUACACUUACUCCCCCUUGAGCACAUUGCUGCACUUUGUUUAACCCUAAAGUGAUAAAUCUGUUUCAUGCUGCCCUGUAUGACAGCACACCUCUCUUCUCCCACGUAUGCACAAGAAAAUAAAGCUGUUACCAAGCUAUUAGCAUGUUAAAUCCACCAUUAACACAGGGAAAUAUGGUGAUGUCAUCCAUUUCUCACCCUGCUGCUAUGAAAAAUGGAUAAAUAACUGCUCUUGUUUUGGUUAUUAAAAGCAUAGUAUGACAAGCA